AAGAUAAGCGGGUAAUUUGCCGGGAGUGAGGAAGACGCCCCUAUCCUGAAAACUCUUUGAUUAUGUAUUCACCCCAACGAUCGUUUGUGCGUGCACGAUCGGCUUCCUCGUCGGACACUGACAGAUCAAUCCCCGAGGCUAGGGGACUGGAAGCUUCUUUACUGCAAUUAAUUCAAGACCAUAGUCACACCUCUCUCCUACUUCGCCAGCAGACCGAGAAAGCUAAGAAAGAGGCGAUAAGAAAAGCGCAGGGUGUUUCGGAUCUCUUGGUGGAAACCGUCAAUGGCGGAGUACAAGAGUGCUACGUCAUCGAGAAGCGCAUUGAGCAAGAGAUUCGAGCAUUGUCUACCACUAUUACCCGAUUCAUGAAGCAGACGGAUCAAUGGCUUGCCACCACUCAUGCUUUGAACACCGCUGUUAAGGAAAUUGGAGACUUUGAAAACUGGAUGAAGAUCAUGGAGUACGAUUGUAAAAGUAUCACCGCGGCAAUCCACAACAUUCACCAAGAGUGAUCAACUGAUCAUUGUUUGCGGUGAGUUGUCAACUUGUCGAGCAAAUGACCGUGCAGUGUUCUCCUCGUCCUUUCAAUUAUGUAUUAAUCUAUUGGAUUGCAUUUGAUGUUGUGUUUCAUCGGAGUAAACAUUUCAAAGAUGCAGUUGAUUGGUAUCCUUAUUCUGAAUGCGAACAACCACUUGACAAGCAUAAAUUACACUAGAGAGCAAUACAUUUUUCCUUGCAAUGUUUAAUUUUGAUGUAUUUGGACAUCCCCAGUGUUGUGUUCAAAUAAUGGCGAGAUGUUGCAUAAUGCGAACUAGGUCCGAAAACUCCCAAAAAGGGCUAUGGAACAUCUAAAAUAUGAUACUUAAGUACUCUUGAAAAUUUCGCUUUCUAGAUGUAAGUACUCUAGAAGUGUUCCUCUAUCCCAUGCUAUAUAUGUGAUUUUAUACAGUUGGCCCAACUUGGUUGUUA